AUGCCUACGAAGACUGCGACAGUACAUGAGUCGGAAGAAUAUCCUAGCACUCAACCAUCACUAGAUGCCGCGAAUGGGGCUGUUUCAGCGGCCCGGCCCAAGCAAAACGGCAAAGUCGCAACGGCCCCGGUUGAGGACGACAGUGAUCUGCCGGACUCAGAAGCAGAAACUGAGCAUAUCGAUACAAGCCCGACGAAGAAGCGACCGAUUUCAAGCGCUUCAACCAGCCCAGCGAAGCGCACUCGCAUUUCACCGCCAGGCACACCUGAACCCGCAGAGGAGAGCGGGGAGAAGAAGGCGACAAAUGGAGAUGCAAAUGACUCUAAUGACACCGACGAGAGUAAAUCAGGUGGGAAAAAAUUAGGCGGUGCCAAUCGAGAGCUCCGAAAGAGAAAAGCACAUGUUAGCGCCGAGCCAGCGCCAGAAGAGGCGGAGGACGUGGGACAAGGUAGUGCGGAAUCCAAUUCAGGCAAGGCUGGCUCUGAAAUCAGCGGUCCAGAGGAAGCCGACAGUGGAGCCGAACAGGAUAUUGGAGCCGACAGUGGAGAGGAGGACGAGGUGGAUGACGAGGAGCAAGCCGCCGCACAAAAACAGCGCCAAGAAGCCAUUGGGUUUCUGACAGAUAUCGAGGUCCAGUUUGCAGAGUUCCGCAAUCAAGUACAUGAAGAUCAAAUGGCCCGCUACGAGCUAGAGAUACAGAUGUGUGUUGAGGGAAGUCACCCAGAGCUGUCGACCAUCCAAGAGUCAAUAAAGAGCCGCCUGGACGAUAGAGUUGACCGGGGUCGAGUUUUACAUGAAUACCAGCUCGAGUGUAUCCACAAACAAACGAAGGCUACACGGGCUCAUCUGCAUCAGCAAUUUGUUCGGGAGCGAUUUGACCUGCGCAGCGAGCUACUGUCGAAAACCACCCGCAAAUGGUACCAGGUGAAUUACGAGCGAAGAGCAGCCGAUAGAAUGGUACCCGACUAUGGCUACAGGGGCCUGGGGCAGGACCACGUGUCGAGCGGCCCUGUCUUGGCGGCCAUACAAAAGUUUGCUGGAUUCCCUGCAGCACCCCGGGUUUCAGAAGCAUCCAUGGAAGAGAAAAACGAAGAUCUAGCGGCUCUGGGUCUUUGUUAG